GCUUUAAAACCAACGAAAAAUGGUUCAGGAAACAGGCAGUAUAUCACUGCCACAAAAGCGAUAUUACCGGCAAAGGGCGCACUCAAAUCCAAUUGCCGAUCAUUGCUUCGACUACCCGGCACACCCGGAUGAUGUCGAUUGGCAGGAGAUGUAUCCUAAUAUAACAUCUGACCAAUGUGUCGAAUUCGCUGAUAUUGGGUGCGGGUAUGGUGGCUUUCUUGUUACUCUUGGUGAAAUGUUUGCCGACCGGUUUGCAAUCGGGCUAGAAAUUCGUGUGAAGGUUUCAGAUUAUGUCAUGGAUCGUAUAAAAGCGCUACGCACUUUGCAUCCAGGGAAAUAUAACAAUAUUGCUUGCUUACGCACAAAUGCCAUGAAGUAUCUACCAAAUUAUUUCCGCAAGGCACAAUUGGACAAAAUGUUUUUUCUUUACCCUGACCCACAUUUUAAACGCGCUAAGCAUAAGUGGCGUAUAAUAAACCAAGCCCUUCUCUCGGAAUAUGCAUAUGUAUUACGAAAAGGUGGACUUGUUUAUACAAUGACUGAUGUAGAAGAUCUUCAUAAAUGGAUAGUACUUCAUAUGGAGCAACAUCCUCUAUACGAGAGAUUACCAAGUGAUGAAGAGAAAGCUGAUCCAAUAACACCAAAACUUUACCAGAGUAGCGAAGAGGGCGCAAAGGUUGUACGAAACAAAGGUGACCAUUUCUUGGCAAUAUUCAGACGGAUUUAGUAUAAGUAAACAUAAGUUAAGUUUCGUUUAUAUUAUUUAACCCAAAUAAAUAAAUUAUAUUUAAA